AUGGGCAGCUCGGAAAAGAUCGAUCUCAAAACCCCAAAGGAGGUUCUUACAAAUAAAUAUGGCGAAGAUUCCAAGCUCAUCUUUGACCUUCAAGACCAAGGCGGCGAGCUCUGUUCGCUUCGUUACGAUCUUACCGUUCCAUUUGCAAGGUUUCUUGCAAUGAACAAGCAUAUUAAGGCCAUAAAGAGAUACCAUAUCGGCAAGGUCUAUCGCCGGGAUCAACCGAUCAUGACUCGGGGUCGGUUUAGAGAAUUCUAUCAAUGUGAUUUUGAUAUUGCAGGGCAAUACGAGUCGAUGCUUGCCGAUGCGGAGAUCAUUGCCAUCAUGCAUCAAGUGCUGUCGCGUCUCAAGAUAGGCGAAUUCGUUAUCAAAAUCAACCAUCGCAAGCUUUUAGACGGCAUUUUCGAGGCAUGUGGAGUGCCUUGUGCUUCAUUCCGUACAAUUUGCUCGUCGGUCGAUAAGCUUGACAAGGUAUCAUGCUCAGCUAACAUCCAGACACCAUGGGAGGAGGUCCGUUCAGAAAUGAUCUCCGAAAAAGGACUUGGCUAUGAAGUGGCAGAUCAUAUCGGCUCGUUUGUCUCGAAGAAGGGAGAUCCCUGCUCACUUUUAAAGGAACUUGCCUCUGACCCUAUUCUUCUCGAUAACGCUUCUGCGCAGCUUGGCAUUGCCGAGCUGCAACGGCUCUUUUCAUUUAUCAACAUGAUGGUGGUAAAGGAGGAGCAACAGAAAUCCAGAGUUAUCUUGGACCUUUCUCUUGCUCGAGGGCUCGACUACUACACUGGAAUGAUUACCGAGGCUGUCCUGUUUGAGAACAAGCACAACUUUGUUGGUAUGCCCCAAUUUACGCUAUUUUUUAUAGGUUCCAUUGCCGGUGGCGGAAGAUAUGAUGGAUUGGUGCAAAACUUUUCCAACUCUGGACACACCAUUCCUUGUGUGGGGAUGAGCAUUGGCAUCGAGAGAAUUUUUGCCAUCAUGGAGGCACAGCAAGCAGUAUCCUCCAUUGUUUCCAAAACAAUCCCAACUCAAGUGCUCGUCGCGUCGCUGGGUGAUCCGCUGUUGUCUGAACAUCUCGCUAUUUGCCAAAUGCUUCGCUCUGCUAAUAUACCCACAGAGACGCCAUUGAAGCAGCGGAAUAGGCCUUUUGAUAUUUUCGAAUAUGCCGAGAAAAACAUGGUCCCAAUCCUGGUCAUCUUCGGACAGGACGAGAUAGCCGCGGGCAGCGUUCGCAUAAAGCAGGCCUACGAUCGAGAGGACAAGGGAAAGCUAGUUCCCAUCGCCUCCCUUGUUCAGGAAAUCGCUUUGAAGCUGGAAAAUACUGACCUUUAG